AUGCAGCUGUCGAGUAUGGUGACCGCCGCCGCCCGGGACGACCGUCGAGAGACGCACGACUACUAUCGCCAGCAGCACCAACACCACCUCCACCAGAGCCAGCGCGCCUACGCGCCCCAGCCCCAGGACAUCCACUACUACUACCCGCAACAACAACAACAACAACAACAACAACAACAACAGCAGCACCCGCACCACCUCAAGCACCACCCUUACCCCAGCCAGCCCCAGUCGCCGCCCUCGCCGCCCGUCGAAGAGCUGGCCAACAAGCCCUCGCUGCCCUCGAUUUCCAGCCUGCUGGGCAUCGCCGACGGCGACCGCCCUGCUCAGGAGCCUGGGUCGCAAUCCCAGCAGGCUUCUCCGAGCCAGCAGCAACAGCAGCAGCAGCAACAACAACAACAACAACAACAACAAGUGCAGCAGCAGCAGCAGCAACAGCAGCAAGCCGCCCUCGUCCUGCAACCUGACCACCAACCGAACCAGGCUCCUCCGCAAGCUUUCGCCCCCACGAUCGUGAGCCACCCCAGAAUGACUUUGCCGCCAACGCCUCCCAUGCGGCCGGACUCCGUCAUUGACGGGAACCAGUCUCCUUCCGCCCAAUCAACCCCCUCGUCCGUCUCCCAGCAGACGCCCUACUAUCUCGGCCAGUCGCUCAACAACAUGGAGCCCCACGCGCAACGCCAGCAAAUGGCGUCGGCUCCCAUGCGCCAGCGACCAUCGGUGCCGUCGCAGCCGCCCUCUUACACGACCUCUCCCUACGCCACGUCGCCCUACGCCUCGUCGCCGGGCGCCCACUCGGUCGGCUCCUACUACUCGCCCGAGAGCCAAGUCUACGGCUCCGCCCACCUGUACCAGCAGCGGCCGCUGCCCUCCAACUUCCCGCCGCCGCCCGUCCCCGUGUCGGUGCCGGUAUCGGCCACGGGCCAGCCGAACCCCUGGCAGCACCACCACUACAUCAGCGCCUCGAGCGCCGCCGCCUUCCCCCAGUCGCAGGACCGUUACAUCUGCUCGACCUGCAACAAGGCCUUUUCGCGGCCCAGCAGCCUUCGCAUCCACAGCCACAGCCACACGGGCGAGAAGCCCUUCAAGUGCCCGCACGCCGGCUGUGGCAAGGCCUUCAGCGUCCGCAGCAACAUGAAGCGCCACGAGCGCGGCUGCCACGCCACGGCCGGUCCGCCCCACGGGUCGUGA